CAACCCAAAGGAAAUUGGAUAAGGAUUUAAAGGCCCACCUUUCAUUUCCCUCUCUUUAGUCUUUACUGGCCAUUUAUUACUCAAUCGGCAGCUCUCAACACCUUCACCAGACAGACAGACUGAAAAAAGAAAAGAAAAAAAAUCUCUUUUUAUUUUUGAGGUGGAGUUUCAGGGAAGAUCAAUAAAGUCCAGUGCAUCUAUUUUUCAUUGCUGAGCAGGUGAAGAUUGGGAUGAAAAGUUUAGUUUAGCUGCAGCACAAACUUUGCAAUUCAAGUAAACAUGACACCUGUGCUCCCGUGUUCUACAAGUAAUAUUUGUCUCAUUCCUGGAACUGCUUUUUCAAUAAAUAAGAAUAAUAGUCUCAAAAAUGGAAGUUUGUCAAGGAAAUCUACAAAAUAUGCAUCAUCCUCACAAAGACUUGUGUUGCCUCUUCCUGGUUUUGUUAAGUUGUUCCCACAAUACCACAGGGAUUGUGCUAUGGUCCAUAGAUCUGUAGCGCAUACCGUAUCAGCCACAGGGACUGAUGUAGCAGUAGAGGAGCCAGAUUCACCUGUUGUUGAUAAAGAUUCUGAUGGGGUUUCAGAGAUUCCAGCAGAUGCAGUUGAAACAAUUGAUUCCUCCACCAAAGCAGGUUCAAGUCCUGCUCCAGCUCAAUCUAGUCGUUCAAAGGGCAGUAGGAAAAGUGAGAUGCCACCUGUAAAGAAUGAGGACCUGGUUCCUGGUGCAACAUUUACUGGCAAAGUAAGGUCAAUCCAGCCAUUUGGUGCUUUUGUUGAUUUUGGAGCUUUCACAGAUGGACUUGUACAUGUUUCAAAGUUGAGUGACAGCUUUGUUAAGGAUGUUGGAAGUGUUGUAUCUGUUGGUCAAGAAGUAAAGGUGAGGUUAGUUGAGGCAAACACCGAGACAGGGCGGAUUUCUCUUACUAUGCGUGAAAAUGAUGAUACGAGUAAGUUUCAGCAACGGAAUGAUUCUCCUGCCACUGGGAGCAGCAAUAGGCAGGCUGCCCGAAGGAACACUUCAAAGCCCAACCAAAGAAAAGAUGAGGUAAAAAGCUCAAAGUUUGUUAAAGGGCAGAAUCUAGAGGGCACAGUAAAAAAUCUGACCAGGUCUGGUGCUUUUAUAUCCCUUCCUGAGGGUGAGGAAGGAUUCCUACCCAGAUCAGAAGAAUCUGAUGAUGUAUUUGCAGGCAUGAUGGGGGACUCAUCACUGCAGAUCGGCCAGGAAGUCAGUGUCAGGGUGUUGCGUAUCACAAGGGGACAAGUUACCUUGACAAUGAAAAAAGAAGACGCUGAUAAACGGGACACAGAGCUUAUCCAAGGGAUUGUCCAUACUGCGACGAACCCAUUUAUGCUGGCUUUCCGUAAGAACAAGGAUAUUGCUGCAUUUUUGGAUGAAAGGGAGAUAGCAACAGAACAGCCUGAAAAACCAAUACCUUCAGUGCAAAUAGGAGAGAAAAACCAAACUGAACCUUUACCUAAUAUUGCUGAAGUGCAGGACCAACCAGUAAGCAAUGAUGAGGUAUCGAGCGGUAUCCCUUCAAUGGUGGAUGAAUCAGUAGAGGGUGAUGAGACUUCUUUAAAGGAGGUGGUUGUGGGUGCCAAUGUUGCCUCUGAUGAGAAGCAGCCAGAAACUGUUGAAUCUAGUGUUGAUAGUACAUUACAGACUGUAGAGAAAGAAGCAGAGGUCACUGGCUAUAAGGAGCCAGAAAGCAUAGAGUCUAGCACACCACAAAAUGUGGACGAUACAGUUCAGACAUUAGAGAAGAAAGCAGUGGCUGAUGAUGAUAAGGAGCCAGAAAGCAUGGAAUCUAGCACAUCACAAAAUGCGGAUGAUACAGUUCAGGCCUUAGAGAAAGAAGCAGAGGCCAACGAUAAGGAGCCAGAAAGCAUAGAGUCUAGUUUAUCACAAAGUGUUGAUGAUAGUGUUACAGGAUCAGAUAAGGUAGAAAGCAUAGAAAAUUCUGAUGCAUCUGGAGAUACAUCCGAGGCUCAAAUUAUAUCUUCAGAAAGUCGAACCAGUGAAGAAGUUGUUGAGAGCCAAGUUAAAAGUAUUGAGGAUGAAAUGCAGAUUCAAACUCCUGCUGCUGAGACUGAAAUUACUUCUGCCUCACAACUUGAAGAUAAAAAGGUGGAACCUGCGCCCGAGAUAAAUGGCACUGUGGGUGCUUCAAACGGACAAAGUGGCAGUCUUUCUCCCAAGGAGAGUGUGACUACAGCAACUAUAUCUCCAGUUCUAGUGAAGCAACUUCGUGAAGACACAGGAGCAGGAAUGAUGGAUUGCAAGAAAGCCCUUUCAGAAACUGGAGGGGACAUUGUUAAAGCUCAGGAGUUCCUUAGAAAGAAAGGUUUAGCAAGUGCAGAAAAGAAGGCUAGUAGAGCCACAGCUGAAGGAAGAAUUGGUUCGUACAUUCAUGAUAGCAGGAUUGGGGUCCUAGUAGAAGCGAACUGUGAAACAGAUUUUGUCUCCCGUGGUGACAUUUUCAAGGAGCUGGUGGAUGAUCUAGCCAUGCAGGUGGCUGCAUGCCCUCAGGUUCAGUACCUUGUUACAGAAGAUGUGCCUGAAGAUAUUUUAAACAAGGAAAAAGAGAUUGAAAUGCAGAAGGAAGAUCUCUUGUCAAAACCGGAGCAAAUAAGAUCAAAGAUUGUAGAAGGGCGUAUAAGGAAGACGCUUGAGGAGCUGGCAUUGCUGGAGCAGCCCUACAUUAAGAAUGACAAGGUAGUAGUGAAGGACUGGGUGAAGCAGACAAUUGCAACAAUUGGUGAAAAUAUUAAAGUGAAGAGGUUUGUUCGCUACAAUCUUGGUGAAGGCUUGGAGAAGAAGAGCCAGGAUUUUGCUGCUGAGGUGGCUGCUCAAACUGCAGCAAAACCAGCAGAACCAGCAAAAGAGCUGCCUGCAGAAGCAGAAGCCAAGGAAACUGCUCAAAAGCCACCAGCAGUAGUAGUUUCUGCUGCUCUUGUUAAACAACUGCGGGAAGAAACUGGAGCUGGAAUGAUGGACUGCAAGAAGGCUCUCUCUGAAACUGGAGGGGAUCUUGAGAAGGCACAAGAGUAUCUCAGAAAGAAGGGUCUUUCAGCUGCUGAUAAAAAAUCCAGCCGUCUUGCAGCUGAAGGCAGAAUUGGUUCGUAUAUCCAUGACUCCCGUAUUGGAGUGCUGAUAGAAGUAAACUGUGAAACUGACUUUGUGGGAAGAAGUGAAAAAUUCAAGGAAUUGGUUGAUGAUCUAGCAAUGCAAGUUGUGGCAUGCCCACAAGUGCAGUUUGUAUCAGUUGAAGAUAUUCCUGAGAACAUUCGGAACAAAGAAAAGGAGCUUGAAAUGCAGAGAGAUGAUCUUAUGUCGAAACCAGAGAACAUAAGAGAGAAGAUUGUUGAGGGCAGGAUCUCAAAGAGGUUCGGAGAGCUUGCUCUUCUAGAGCAGCCAUUCAUCAAGAAUGAUAGUGUUUUGGUGAAGGAUUUGGUGAAACAGACUGUUGCUGCUCUUGGGGAGAACAUAAAAGUCCGCAGGUUUGUUCGGUUGACUCUUGGAGAAUCAACUGAAGAUACAGAAACAGGAGCCCAAGCAUAAGACAGGAAAAUGCCUCUCAAAGCGAAAUAAUUGAAACAAAUCAAGCCAGGUCUUGGAAACCUGACAAAAAUGAGACAGGCAGGCAUUGUUGAAACUAAUUUUGGAUGAGAGAAAUCUGAUUUUUUUUUUCCUUCUCGUGAUUAUAGCAAGCUAGUCCUUGUUAUGUAGCUUUACCUUUGUACCAUGAUCACUGAAAUUAUUUUUUUUGGAACCUCCAUUUUAUAAAAUGUCAAGAAGAGCUUCUCCCCAA